AUGAUGACGUGCCGUCUGCUGUGCGCCCUGUUGGUGCUCGCCCUGUGCUGCUGCCCGUGUGCCUUCACGACAGCGGUUGUUUCGGAAAAAGAUGCCUUCGAUGUACCCCCAACACCGCUAAAGGAGCCGGCUCCGGGGGAAAUUUCUUCAGUUUCAAAUCUCCCUAAAGUCUCGAACCAGGACAUUGCCGGUGUCUCAGCUCAACCUGUUACGGCCGUUGCGGGAGGGGGAUCAGGUGUGUUGUCCACUACACAAGAUAAAAUAGGAGCGCCUGGCCAUUCAUUGCCAGGAAGUGGGAACAACGAUCUGCCACGUUCGACGGAUAUUCCCGAUAAUACGGUAGAAAAAAAUACGGAGCAUAAUACGGAAGAGUCCAUAACUAAUAAAAAGGAUAGGGUACAGACACCAAAUACGACGAACAAAACCACCACGAGAACCACAACUACAACUACGACAACGACCACUACGACCACUACAUCUACAGAGGCGCCAACCACGACGACCACCCGCGCACCGUCACUUCUUCGCGAAAUUGACGGCAGCCUCAGCAGCCCUGUGUGGGUGUGUGCCCCGCUGCUGCUCGCCGCAUCCGCGCUGGCGUACACCGCUCUGGGCUGA